CUCUCUCCCUCUUCUUCCCUCUCUGCCUCUUCUCCUCCCCUCCCCUAAAAACAUUUUAAUGGAGCUCGCUUUCCUUCCCUCCCCGAAUCCCCUCCUUUCUCCUCCAUCCCCAUCCCCUCCGCUUCCUUUCUUACUCCCUCCCCGCCGCGCCCUCCGUCGCCGCCCCUCCCGAGUCCGCGCAUCUUCCGCUCCCGGCCCCCCCUCCGGACUCCCCUGGCACCACCGCCUCUCCCGCUCGAUCCGGCGCGGCUCCGAUCGCUUCUUCCUCAACUUCGGCGCCGCCGUCAAGAAGGAAACCGGCUUCGACCCGGAAGCGGCCAAUGCCAAGCUGCGCGAGCUGGCCGCGCUGGUUAAGGACCGAGCUCAGCUGAGUGAGGCCGCCGUGGCUCGGCUUCGCUCCGAAUUGCUGCCCGCCUUCCUCGAUUGGAAUCGCUGGGACCGUUGGAAGGACUUGGAGAGUUGGGAUCCCAAGCGUAUUGCAGCCCUCGUCCUGUAUACUCUCGUCGUGGUAGUUUCCUGUCAAAGAGUAUACGUAGCAAUACGAGCCCCUGUCCUAGACCAUCGGCGAAGGCAAUUGACAGAGGCUUAUAUGGACGCGUUGAUUCCCGAGCCAUCUCCCGGUAACGUCAGAAAGUUUAAGAAGAGUGUUUGGAGGAAAACAACACCCAAAGGUCUCAAGAUGAAAAAGUUUGUUGAGGCACCUGAUGGAACGCUUAUCCAGGAUCAUUCUUUUGUUGGAGAAGAUGCAUGGAAUGAUGAUACAAAGCUUUUGGAGGAAAAUGUGAAAGAAAUUAUUGACAAUAAUGUAAAGUUAAAAGCAAGUGAAAAGAAGGAAAUAAGGCAAGAAUUGGGAAUUCAAGAGGAUGUUAAAGAACUUAGCACCUCAUGGCGUGAUAGACUAAGUGGAUGGAAGGACAUCCUCGAGAAGGAGAAAUUAUCAGAGCAAUCAGAUUCUGUCAGUGCAAAAUAUGUUGUUGAAUUUGAUAUGAAAGAAGUUGAAGAAAGUCUGCGCAGGGAUGUCACUGAGAAGGUUUCAGAUUCACGAGGGACUAGAGCACAGUGGAUAUCCAAGAGAUGGUGGAGAUAUCGCCCUAAACUUCCUUAUACGUACUUUCUUGAGAAGCUUGAUAGCUCAGAGGUUGCUGCUGUUAUUUUCACAGAGGACCUAAAAAGAUUGUUUGUAACAAUGAAAGAAGGUUUUCCACUGGAAUAUAUUGUCGAUAUUCCCCUUGAUCCUUACUUAUUUGAAACUAUCUCAAGUUCUGGAGUCGAAGUUGAUCUCCUUCAGAAGCGCCAGAUUCAUUAUUUUAUGAAAGUUUUAGUUGCACUGGUGCCAGGAAUACUGAUCUUGUGGCUUAUCCGCGAGUCUGUGAUGCUUAUGCACGUCACUACGAAGCGUUUGCUUUACAAGAAGUACAAUCAACUCUUCGACAUGGCAUAUGCAGAAAAUUUCAUUCUUCCUGUUGGAGAUGUUGGUGAAACAAAAUCAAUGUAUAAAGAAGUGGUAUUAGGGGGUGAUGUUUGGGAUCUCCUUGAUGAGCUAAUGAUCUACAUGGGAAAUCCAAUGCAGUACUAUGAAAAAGAUGUGCAGUUCGUUCGGGGUGUUCUUCUUUCGGGGCCACCUGGAACAGGAAAAACGCUUUUUGCCCGGACAUUGGCAAAGGAAAGUGGAUUACCUUUCGUGUUUGCCUCAGGUGCAGAGUUCACAGAUAGUGAGAAGAGUGGUGCUGCAAGAAUUAACGAAAUGUUCUCUAUUGCUAGAAGAAAUGCACCUUCAUUUGUCUUUGUAGAUGAAGUUGAUGCCAUUGCAGGAAGGCACGCGAGAAAGGAUCCACGAAGAAGAGCGACAUUUGAGGCAUUGAUUGCGCAGCUUGAUGGGGAGAAGGAAAAAACUGGUGUCGAUCGAUUUUCCCUCAGACAAGCUGUGAUAUUUAUCUGUGCUACCAAUCGGCCAGAUGAACUAGAUUUGGAGUUUGUCCGCCCUGGACGUAUUGAUCGGCGUUUGUACAUUGGACUACCAGAUGCCCAGCAACGUGUACAAAUUUUUGGUGUGCACAGUGCUGGAAAGCAGUUGGCUGAGGAUGUCAACUUUGGGGAGCUUGUAUUUCGCACGGUUGGUUUUUCUGGAGCUGAUAUUCGAAAUCUUGUGAAUGAAUCAGCAAUCAUGGCUGUGAGGAAAGGACAUUCAAAGAUCUACCAGCAAGACAUUAUCGAGGUUUUAGACAAGCAACUGCUUGAGGGGUUGGGGGUCCUUCUUACAGAGGAAGAACAGCAGAAAUGUAAAGAAAGUGUCUCAUCAGAAAAGAAGAAACUCUUGGCUGUUCAUGAAGCUGGUCACAUAGUUUUGGCUCACUUAUUCCCUCGAUUUGAUUGGCAUGCCUUCUCGCAGCUGCUGCCUGGUGGCAAGGAGACUGCAAUAUCUGUCUUCUACCCCCGCGAAGAUAUGGUGGACCAAGGUUAUACAACCUUUGGCUACAUGAAGAUGCAGAUGGUGGUCGCUCAUGGUGGGCGAUGUGCUGAACGUGUUGUCUUCGGCAAUGACAUAACUGAUGGAGGGAAGGAUGAUCUGGAGAAAAUAACAAGGAUUGCGAGGGAGAUGGUAAUCAGCCCUCAGAAUGCAAGGUUGGGGCUGGCCUUUCUAACAAAGAGAGUUGGCUUACUUGAUCGACCAGAUAGUCCAGAUGGCGAGCUAAUAAAGUAUAGGUGGGAUGAUCCAAACGUGGUACCUGCUGAUAUGUCACUCGAAUUGUCUGAGCUCUUCACUCGGGAGUUGACCAGGUACAUUGAAGAGACAGAAGAACUUGCAAUGAAAGGUCUGAUGGAGAACAGGCACAUAUUGGAUAUUAUUGCUGAUAAAUUGUUGGAAGAUUCGAGGAUCACUGGCCUGGAAGUUGAGGAGCUGAUGAGGCAUGUCCCUGUUUCAAUGUUUGAAGAUUUGGUGAAACCUUUUCAAAUAAACUUGGACGAGGAUGGACCUUUGCCUCAUAAGGAUAAGCUGCGCUAUAAACCUCUUGACGUGUAUCCAGCACCUCUUCAUCGAUGUUAAUGAGUUUCCAAGAUCCAUGCUUUAGUUGGUGGGUCUUCAAAUCUGUAUGGCAAUUUCAGUCAGAUUCAUCGAGCUCAAAGGCCACAUGCUGCCCGGAAAGCUUCAAAAAGUUGGAAAGAACGGCAACUCUGCAGCACAUUCAGGUGUAGUUUGCUACCUGCUGAAGCCACUUACCACCCAGCAUGACAGCUAUGGAUCAGAGGACGGCUUUAUGUGCCAAUGACUGAAUUCUUUGAUCCUGUUGAUCCCUCAGCGCGAAUGAUGUGCCCACCGAGAUGGACGAUCGGCGUCUAUAAGUGAAAUGCGUCCAUUGAAGCUCACAAUUCGUUAAUCUUAUUUUUUCCAGAAGCUCACAAUUCGUUAUCUUAUUUUUUCCAUCACCGAGCCUCGCACAACCAUCUCGUGCCCUUAUUUCACAAAUAUUUCUUGUUUGUAUCUUUUGUACUAUAAACGUUAUGGCACAAUUUGUUUUUACUGGGUAGAAGAAGGUAUCGAAACCA